AUGGACGGCGGGCUCCCAGAUGACCAUAACUCCGGCGGUGGGAGCGAAUCAUCCUCGAUAGAAUUAUUAACUCCAGAAUCUGAGUCCACUCAGGAAUUUUCGAACUCCAUCUCGUCAAAAUGGAAGCCAGUUUGGUACACGGGCUGGCACACUGGCGUCUUGGCCUGCGCCACUUCCGCCGUGCUGGUUCUGUUUAUAAACAUCAGUUUAACGAUCUACGCUGCUUCGAAUCCAGAGUACAAGAUGAAAGGAGGCGUUGGGACCUUGUAUUCGGGAAAUUGCCACAAGAGCAGGAAAAUUGGGAUGUGGCUGCACAUGGGGAUAAAUGUCCUUUCCACGCUGCUGUUAUCCGGGAGUAAUUAUACACAGCAGUGUCUCGCAGCGCCUACACGAAGCGAGAUUGACGCUGCGCAUGCGAAGAGACGAUGGAUGGACAUUGGUGUUCCGAGUGUUAGAAAUUUGUUUAGGAUUAAGCUGGAGAGGAGGAUCUUGUGGAUUGCUAUCGGGUUCACCAGUAUUCCGCUGCAUUUGCUGUACGUUUAUAUUACCAUCCACGCCCGGGUCCUAGGUGGGGCUAAUGGGAAAGUUGCAGGUACAAUUCUGCAGUGUAUACUUCGCUAGCGGCAAAUGAUUUUGUCGUGGCUGUUGUGAGCAAGGACCAUUUUGAGCCGGGAGCCUACUCCAACAUGACCGAGACGUUAGUCGCCUCCCCCGAUCAAGAGUGGCGGUUCAACAACGCGGUUGGGACGCCAUAUAGGACUACCAGGAGGUACCAGACGGAUUCGGAAACUAUCCAACUCUUCAGGAGGGUACUCGAGGGAUACGACACUGGAGCCGAGGACUACGAUGACCUGACAACCUCAGACUGCACAAAAAUCUACAACACUGACUUUGUGUCCAACCGUAGGAAUCUAUUCCUGAUUACUAAACUUAGUUCCAACGCCACGUACAAUAACACAAUCCUGGACAUGAUAAAUAUCAAGAGCUCAGAUACGGCGUCAAGUGAUUGGAUGUGCACUUACAACUCGAGCGGUGACAGUGGGAUUCUGAGGCCGGUCAACUUCGUGUGCGAUCCCCACGAGAUAGUCACGAACGUGGCGCGUGGCCUUCCAUGGCGCGUGAGCCUUCAUACAGGGGACAAGGUGGAGAUAAGUGGAUGCAAGAGUGAGAGGACGGAUGAGAA